AGCAGAACACACAAGCAGCAAUGAGGAUCCUGAUGUGCAUGUAUCUGUGCGGUCUGGCCCUGUCCGUCCUAGCUGAGGAGGAGCAGCCGGUGAAAGAGAAGCGAGGACUCUCCGGUUCACUGGGUGGUUAUGGUGGCGGCUACAGUCUUGGAGGUGGCUACAGUGGCGGCUAUGGAGGCGGCUACGGUGGCAGCUACGGAGGUGGCUACGGAGGUGGAUACGCUGGUGGACUCGGAGGCGGCCUUGCAGGCGGCAUUGGGUCCGGCAUUGGAGGGGGACAACCACAGAUCACUGUCAACAGAAUACCUGUCCGGGUCCCAGUCCCUGUGGAGAGGAUCGUUCGAGUGCCUGUGAAGGUCCCAUUCACGGUAACUGUGGACCGGCCUGUUCCUGUCCAGGUACCGCAGCCGUACCCUGUCCCUGUAGACAACCCUGUGCCCGUCCCUGUCAAGGUCCCCACCCCAGUGUCCGUCCCAGUUCCUCAGCCCUACGUCGUUAAGCAUCCAGGGCCCUACGUCGUCAGUGCUGGCCACGGUGGUAUCGGAGGAGGUCUUGGCGGUGGUCUUGGAGGAGGCUACAGUGGUGGCCUUGCUGCAGGAUAUGGCGGAGCUGCCGGUGGCUUUGGAGGACAUGGGGGCUACGGAAAUGAAUGUGGGGGAGCCGGAUGUUGUCCUGCUAAAUGUAUAAAAGCCCGCCGCGGCCUGGCAACAGCAUCAGUCAUUGCUUGCUCUCAGCAGAACACACAAGCAGCAAUGAGGAUCCUGGUGUGCAUGUAUCUGUGCGGUCUGGCCCUGUCCGUCCUAGCUGAGGAGGAGCAGCCGGUGAAAGAGAAGCGAGGACUCUCCGGUUCACUGGGUGGUUAUGGUGGCGGCUACAGUCUGGGAGGUGGCUACAGUGGCGGCUAUGGAGGCGGCUACGGUGGCGGCUACGGAGGUGGCUACGGAGGUGGAUACGCUGGUGGACUCGGAGGCGGCCUUGCAGGCGGCAUUGGGUCCGGCAUUGGAGGAGGAGAACCACAGAUCACUGUCAACAGAAUACCUGUCCGUGUCCCAGUCCCUGUGGAGAGGAUCGUUCGAGUGCCUGUGAAGGUCCCAUUCACUGUAACUGUGGACCGGCCUGUUCCUGUCCAGGUACCACAGCCGUACCCUGUCCCUGUAGACAACCCUGUGCCCGUCCCCGUCAAGGUCCCCACCCCAGUGUCCGUCCCAGUUCCUCAGCCCUACGUCGUUAAGCGUCCAGUGCCCUACGUCGUCAGUGCUGGCCACGGCGGUAUCGGAGGAGGCCUCGGUGGUGGUCUCGGAGGAGGCCUCGGCGGUGGUCUCGGAGGAGGCCUCGGUGGAAAAUUCGGCGGAGGCUACAGUGGCAGCUUGGCUGGAGGGUACAGCGGAGCUGCCAGUGGCUUUGGAGGACUUGGGGGCUAUGGAAAAUACGGCCACUGAAUUCUGGAGCCAAACCCAACAACUUGACCCAUACAUGCCACCAGUAUCCAUAGUAAUGGAAUGUAAAAACUUUAAAAAAUAAAUUUUUCACAAUAAAAA